AUUAAAGCUCCGAGGACCAAGGUGUACUGCCACAAGUUUCUGCCUAGCUCAGCCUCUGUGUUAAAAAAAAGAGCCUUUUAAACUAUUUAAGAGUAGACCCUACUUAUCACAAUGCAUUGCCUGAAAAGUCUCAGGGCAGCCAACCCGGGAGUCUUGCAGCUGUUUAAAAAUGCAGGAAUCUCCUCCAGAGUUGGAGCUGACAGCAUUGUCUUGUCCAGGACGCAGCAACCUGUUUCUCUCCCCUGCUGGGCCAUAGCAUCACCUCACACCCACAGAGCCUUUCAUUACCAGAACAGCCCUGAUGAGGACCAAGGACAUCCAAGGUAGGUCACAGGAGGCUCUCUCGAACAGAAUAAAUCAACAUAAAUCUGCCAAAAACAUUUAUUAUCAUUAGCAAUUUUAAACUGUUGUGCCCUCAUUAAUGUGAAAACAAAGCUGUCAACUAAGUCUGAAAGGGUUUAGGAUAAUGAGGAACCCAUAAUUCAGCUUUUUUUUUUUAGCCUCUUGUAACGGCAUCUCUAAGAGCGCAGCAUCAAUUAAGAAUUUAUGCUUUUGUUUGUACAGAUAGAAGAAAAAGUUUAAAGUUGUUUUAGAGUGUUUAAGUGAAAUUCAAGGUAGGUAAAUAAUGUGUUUCUCAUUGGCCCAAAAAAGCAAAGUGUUUGAAGUUUUAACCUGCACAGGUUCAGAGUCUAUGCCGGUUGCCCUGGCAACUUAAGGCAAAUUUCAAAACGGUUGAAAGUUACAGCCAUAAAAUGUCCUUUUCUGUUUUUGUCAUAUGUUGUUUCAAAAAAUUAAACCGACAAGCAAUAAUUUAUUAAUAUGAUAUGCUUAUUUAAAAACCUGCAUGCAAUAAGAUGCAUUGUCUGUUCCUACUGCAUCUUACAUCUUGCAUUAACACAUGCAAACAAGAAAAUGGCAUCAAUCUUGGUAUUUACCGUGGAUUGAAAUAUUAAAAGCAGUGACAUGAAAAGAAAAAAAAAAGUUGCAGAUUUUAAUGUUUAGAGUCAAAUAACUGAAAUCAAAAAUUCUGCUUGACUUUACUGUCAUUCAACAAGUAGUUUUUGCAGUUUCAGCCCCUCAGUAUACAGAAAAUACUGUUUCAAAAUAAACCUUUGUUAUCCAGAUAUGUCAUAACCAAACUACGAACAUGCUUGAGAUAAAAAUCUCUGAACUUGACCGUCUUCUUUCACGUUUUUGCUCAUGUAGUUACGGUAAAGAGGUCAUUCACCUCUUGGUUUUGGUGAGAAUUAGGUCAGGUCAGUUGGAUCUUUGCCUUUAAUUUCACUUCUUACAUAAAUGUUGACGCACUUGCCAUAUUUUUGAGUUGAUAUGAAUCAGUUCAAUCAGUUUGCGUUGUUUGUUUUAGCAGGAGCAGGUGGAUGUCAAGCAUGGAGGACCUACUUUUCUACACCAUCACUGAAGGCAAAGAGAUGAUCCCCCUCUCGCAGUUCAUCUCUGUGAGUCAACAACACGUACACGUCUCCCCUAUCACACUUUGAACUGUUUUGACUUUCCAUGGCAUUUGUCGACAUAUGAACUCACUCUUCCCUACAGUGGUGUUGCAUUUCCUUAAAGCAUCCACAACUUUAGUUAACUCAACCUUGGGGGUGACAUAGGAGCACAUUUCAAGAAUCCAGAGUGUCUCCAGCUGAAUGCAAGGUCAAGUUUAAAAUGUGUUAAGGACUAUGUUAUGUAACAGACGUAGCUAAAUAUAAGAGGUGUGACACUGCAGUAAUCACCAGAGAACAACAUGCACUUUUCACAUUUUAUUCGAGGUUCUCUUGGAGUUCAGCUAUUGUGAUUUUUACACCUUUAGGCUGUGCCAGGAAAUGCUUCAACAGUCCUAUCACUUCAUGAGUUUAAUGUCGAAUUAGAGCUUUGAUAAUAACAGAGCACUUACAUAGGGACUAAAAUGGAAUGUAGGUCAACUGACACCCCCUUACAUGGGUCCAGUACACAUGUACACCCAUGACAGCAUAUGUCAAACCUAUGUCACAGGUCUUUUUAGGAUCCUACGAGGGGGCCACCUCCGAACUGUACGUGUCUCAGAGGAGGGAUAUCAACUACAGAGUCCAUCUGCAACUAACAUGCUAUUUCAAAACCCUUGCAACCAGAGAGCCCUCUUUAAACAGGAAAAUGAGACAUCUGGUGACCUAGGUGUCUAUGGAAACUCAGUCUUUUUUAAAAAAAGGAGAGCACAUCUCAUAGAAGUGCCAUGUGUCAACACAGGUGGCCUGGUGUCACGGCAUGGAUGACUGGGUGUGUUUGAAGAAGAAAAUGGGUUAGGACAUUCAUAGGCAUACAUAGAUUGUGCAAGAAGAAGUCUUUCCUCACAAGUUUACGGGUACUGGUACACCAGUCUACAUAGUCACUCAUGCAAUUUCCCAAAAAGCUAAAUUUAAGGCUUGUGAAAUUGUAGUUUUUUCUGUUUUCUUUCUUCUAUUUGAACUAAACUGAAAGAAAAUUACAGUUCACUGUAAUAGACAAAGUAAUCAAAUAGGUACUUUUAUUUUGAUCGUAUUUUUAAAAAUAAAAUUGUGAAUUUAACCAAUCAUUUUAUAUUAGUAUUGCUGAUAAUAGUCUGAGUCCUUCAUUACAUCUUCUUAUCAGGUGAUGCAAUAUCUAACACUACUUUUGUAGACCAAGGUCAAAUUCACCAAGCUUUUAAACUGCAGGCUUGCUUGUGUCAUUGGUAAAUCUAUCCAGUGUGAACUGCUCGUAAAACCUAACUCAAACCCUCUCGUACAGCCAGUUACAUAAUAAAACCUUAAAAUCAUCCUUCCCGAGCACAGCCCAAAUUUUCAGGAACAUUCACAGAUCUUCAACAGGAAGCUGACAGCCAUGUGCUUUUUUUGCUGAUAGCUCCCUGAAUCGGUUUUCAGAUGAGAUGACUGAGUAAAAACGUGCCCACUCUGGUAGAUAUGGUCACAGUGUCCUCGAAAUAGAAGCAUACGGUUUAUAAAGUGACUGCCAGCUCGACGAGAGACUCAUUAGAGAGAUUCCAGUCAUCUGAUCUAAGUUUGCACUUCCUCCUUAGUCACAUGUAAGAACUCCUGAGCAUUUGGAGUGCUGAAUCUAUGUAUGCCAUCUACACCUUAUGAUAUCACGUGCAUUACCUCAUGAACCUGCCAAGUGUUAGUAUAAAUGAAUCCUUGCUCAAGUAUCAAUUGCUUUAUAUCUCCCCCUGCUCCAGGCCUUAAGAAAAACAGGUUUGUUGACGUCUGACCCCCGGCUGCGUGACUGCGUCCAUCAGAUGCGGCUCUUUACACGUGAUUCUCUCGGGCCAGUCAUGAUGGACAAGAAGCUAUUCAGAAGGUGAGAAAAUCUUUGUUUAUUCAUGGAGACAGUCGUGCAAAACAUGCAAAGGGCAAGUAUUCAGCUGUUGCUUGCAUGUGAGAAGUAGACAGAACAUAAUGUUUACAUGUCAAUCAAAUAUGUUUUGAUUUGAAUUAUAAAAGUCUGAGAGAUAAAAAAGUGUAAAUAAAGAAUUAGAGCAGCAACUCCAGGUUCAGUUAAGGGUGUUCGUUAUAAUUCUUCGUGGUUAUGUAAAAGAGUAAUUGGAGAGGUAACCUGUGCUCAGCGCUAUUUGAGUCUAAGAGCCUGACACAGACAGGCAUUUUAUGGCGAACAGCUGCCACUAACCAAAUUCUUGUUUGCACAUGCCAGCCAUGGCAGGAGAGGGUGAAGCAGGACAGACGGCGUCGCAGGGCCAUGGUAAUGAAAGGGCAUCUUUUUGGUAGAGCUCCAGACUGCUGCAGUUAGAUUAGAAGCAGGACUGGGACUUCUAGUGACUUCAUUGCCCUCAAACACGUGUUAUUUUCAUGAUAAAUAAUCUGUAAAAUCUCCCAAAAAAAAAGAAGAAAUUUCUUGAAUUCAGAGUGAUGUCUUCAAAAUAUGUUCAAAAUCCAAAAACCAAUCUUUUUCUACCUAAAAUGAGAAAGAAAAGCAACACAUUUUUUAAUUAAUGAAACUAGAAUCAGUAAAUUUAAACACAUUUGCUGUAAAAAUAUGACUCAACUGGUCGAUUGAAUAUCAAAAUAAACUUUGACCAAUUACAAUUACAUUAUAAAAAGCUACAGUUCGAGCUCUUUGUAGACUUUUUACCGACUUACUGCCAAACAUUUGUAAACCUGAUCCACUUAGUCUCAUCCUUUGGCCCGGACACAACGGGAGAUUUCACAGUCUGGUUGUCAGUUGUCAAACUAAAUUGGCUGUGUCCGACUUUCUAUUUUUUCACAGCUUGUUGAGGUUAUCCUUUCCUGAAGAACACUUAAAAGCCCACUAUAAAUAUGCCUCUAGAAAUAGAGAGUGCUAUCUCUGAUUUUUUUUUUCAAGGAAGUGACCCAUAUAAAUAAUGCAAGCUCUUUCCACUCUCUUCCCCUCGUUGUCCCAAAAUCUCACGCUAGCUUUGCCUUGGAUUGGUGAGCGCUGCGGGCCAGAUAUUUUAGUUCAGACUGGCUGUGACAGAAUGUACAUACUUUUUCUCGGAGCCAUCUUUCAUUGCUAUCCAAUUACAGCAAUGAAAAUCUGUUAGAACAGUUUGAACCUGCUGAUAUGGACGAGUGUGGUGGUUGUUUAUCCUUUUAAAACGGGUAUGUGCUGGCUGGAGGCAUGCCUCCUCAAAUUCAGUAUGAUGGGAACGAAAAUGAAUGCCCUUUCAGAAGUUGGGCUUUUCAAACAAAUUGAUAUUGAUCGCAGUUUUCGGUUAUACAAACAUUUUGCAGGCAGAACAGAUUUCAGUGAUUGAAGCCAAGGAGUGUUGGAGCCAAAGAAGCUUAACUUCUCUGAGCUGAAUCCCAGAGAAUAAGGCAAUGUGUUCAUGAAUUUCAAUUAUCCUAUGUAAUGUCAGUGUCAGCUGGUUAGAAAAAUUAUAGACCUAUUAAAAAAGAAUUAACUAAACAAACCAGCCUGUAGGUCUUAAAUGCAGUUAUCAUCUAGUUUUGGAAUAAAAAGCACAUUAAAAGUGUCAAAACUUUAAAAAAUACAUUAAUAUACAGUCUAACUUAUUUAAUGCUCCAUCUGCAUAUGGGCAUUAUUUUAAUAAACCUGCAGAGGUUUGUUUUGCCGCUAUAUUUAACUUGAUUAAAACCAUGAAUGCAAUAUUAAUGCUGCACCAUCUCUGUCUUACUUGUGUCCUCUCGUAGGUGUGUGGGCAACAACAUCAUGCUUUUGACCAAAGCGUUCAAAAAAAAGUUCAUCAUCCCAAACUUUGAGGAGUUUACCCAGCAGAUUGAUAAGAUGUAUGACAGCGCUCAAGUGCAGGAAGCUGGACAGGUAAGGAAAGAGCCGACCAUGAGCUGACAUGCAUUAUUGUUCAGUUUCUUGUUCAAGUUACACUAACAUGUGUGUUUCUUGGGUCAUUCAGGUGGCUGAUUACAUUCCUCAGCUUGCUAAAUUCAGUCCUGAUCUGUGGGGUGUGUCUCUGUGCACAAUUGACGGACAGAGGUAUCUUUUACAUCUUUCAUUCGCUGCAUGUUUCCAUUCAGAAAACCUCCAUCCGUGUGUACAACCUCACUAACACACCACCAUUUUUCUUUUCUUUUCUUUUUUCUUUUUUUGUCUGUUUGGUUUCUAUCUCCAUCUUCAUCCCAUCUUCAUAUCAAACAGACACUCUGUGGGUGACACAAAGGUUCCCUUCUGUCUGCAGUCGUGUGUGAAGCCUCUGGAGUACGCCAUCGCCGUGCAUGAUUUCGGCGGUGAUCACGUUCACAACUUUGUGGGCAAAGAGCCUAGUGGAUUCAAGUUCAACAAGCUGUCACUAAAUGAUGACAGUAAGUGAUAAGUUUCAACAUGACUCUUACUCCAGUUACAGUCUCCACACUAGAGCAAACAGUACGACUAAUAGUGAGUGUAGAACUGGUUCACCCUGACUUUUGGGAAAACACUUUCUUUGUAAGUAGUCUGUAGUUUUAAAUUUUUCACAACUUUUCCCCUUGAAUAGUUAUUUCAGCUGACUCUACCUGUCAGCAGGGCAAAGAUGAGAAAGAAAAAAAAAACUAAUUUGACCAAAAAAACGGUUGCCAAAGAGACUCGGGGAGAAAUUCUGCACUCUUUUAUCACCUCUCCCUCGAGACAGGUAGAAAUAUCUUCCGUGUGGCCAGUUUAUGAGCUGAUCAUUAGUGUUCAUUUUGUUUUCCUCGUGAAAUACAUCCUCUAAUCUAAGCGUUUUAUUGCUCUUGUGGUUUGUGGGCAAAUGAGUGAUGGCAUGCUCUUAUCUCCUGUGCAGUGAAACCUCACAACCCGAUGGUGAACGCCGGAGCCAUUGUCAUCAGCUCUUUAAUCGAGGUAAAAUCUAAAGACUUGUCAGCAGUGAAUACAAUAUUUAUCAAAAUGGGUUUUUUAAUGAAUGCAGAGGUUUUCACUUAAGACUACACACACUAAAUGAACUCCUACAUUCAUAUUUAGGAUGUGCAGGAAAUCAAAGACAGGGAUUUUUGUAGUAAUGUGGUUUCUCAAAGAAUAAACUCUCUUUUUAUGAGCAGAGAUCAUUUCUAGUUUUCCAUUUCCUGUUAUUAUUGUGCUGUCUGGUAUUCAGCUGCAGCCUUUCUCUUCUCUAAAACACAGUUUCAAGGUUUAAUCGACCGGUCCUUGUUAAAUAAUGAGCAAAAAACAACAACUAAAAAACUAAACAGUAUAGAUAGUCCACCAAUGACAAAAUCAAUCAAUAAAGUCUCUCGUCAGGUUUCUUGUUUCAAAACAGUACUCCGAAAUUUACCAAACGAAAGCUUCUCUAUCCAUUGGAAGAGCAUUUUUUUUUGUCACCUCUUACUCAUAAAAAUAAAUAACGACACAUACUGUAUGUGACUUAUGCAUAGACACGUGAGAGCUCUAUAGAGCUCACACACGUGUAUUUAAAAUUCGCUCGCUAAAAGUCAUUGUGAAAUCUGACACUGUUUACGGUCUGUGUGGUAAGAGCGCUCACAUGUUGACCAAAUGGGACUGGCACUAUGUGACCAAGUGAAGUUCGUGUCAGUCUGUCCUGUAGAUUCAACAGAACAAAUUUAGCAUAAAGAAAAAAUCCACAAUGCUGAAAACUCUACACUUUUGAUUGCUGUUAAGGAUUAUUUAAUGGACUAAACAAGUGCAUGAUUAGGCUGUGAAUAAUUCCUGUGAGAUGCCACAAAAGACUCAGUAAAUUAAAGCUGAAUAUAUUUUGUAAUUUGUUAAAAUUACAAUUAAAAGUUUUAGGAAUAUUAGUGUCGUACCAAGUGUGUUGAAAGUCUGUGAACCAAGUCACCUCCGCAGUAUGACGUCAGCUAUCACUGGCUAAUCUUCUCUGUCGGCUGGUCAUUUGGUGUCAGAUGCUGGACUAUGGCCAUUAACAUCUGACUGACCAGGCACCUAACUUAUCAGCGCUGGGUGGGUGGAGUUUAGCCAAACGGGUUUGUGUAUUUUUCAAGCUGUCCUGAAGUCUCCCAGCUGGCAGUGGAGAUACUGUGGACCUCUUAUCAUAUGUGGGUCAGGCUCAGCUGAGAGGGAGGGACAGUGUUUGGGAUGACAGUGGGGGGGGGGCGUGUGUGCGCCUCCGGCCAAUUACAGACCCCAGAGCAGAAGGUGUGUUCGCCACCCUCGUGUGCAUGCUCUUGCAUUGAGUGGGACAUUCAAUGCAUAGUCCAUAAACAUAACAAUGAGGUGAAGACUGAUCUUAAACAGAGGACAAAGGGAGAACAGGCUGAUCCUGUUGGAGUAUUUCAGGACUCUGAUGCAACUAAAGACCUUAAUAUAAAAAAAGGUGUUAAAAAAACUACUUUGCGAAUCAACUAUUUGAAAAGAAGUUGCCCUUCCCUGUCACAUGUUACCGCCUCGACUCACAGUAACACCUAAUAUCAUGAGGAGCAUUUAAAGAUAUAAAUGUGACAACCAUUCCUGUCCAGUCACUUUACGACCUGGUAAUGAUCCCUCACCGGCCUGUGAAAUUCAAGCAGGGCCAUAAACAGCUCCCCCCCGAGCCAGUGUGCACAUCUCCACAUGGACCGACAAGCACAAGAACAUGUACACAUACAAUAUACGUCAAUGCCUACACCAUGUGAUGAUGUUUAACUGCUCAGACACUGCCAUCUAUAGGGACCCACUCAAAUGGUCGCUGUGAAAGUGACUUUGUCCUUUUCUGUUGACAGCCUCAGGCAAAUAAAGCCCAGAGGUUUGACUAUGUGAGUAAAACUUUAACAUAUUCCACCUUUUUUUGAUUCAAUGUCACUUCUUUAUUUGAUCUCCUCGCUGAACUGAAUGAACAUCUAUUUUUGCAGGUGAUGGAGUUCUUGAAGAGUAUGGCGGGUCGAGAGUUUGUGGGUUUUAGCAAUGCAACGUGAGUUUGCUGUGGUUAUAAAAAUCAACUUUUAUGGUUUAAUUUUAAAUGAAACUUUCUCACACCUGACAUUUAUCUUUAGUUUCCAGUCAGAGAGGGAGACUGGGGACAGGAAUUUUGCAAUCGGUUAUUACCUCAAAGAGAAAAAAGUGAGUGUUUCAGUUGUUUCAAUAUUUGGUGGUAAAAGUAGAAAGUGCUUGUUGAACAGUCAGGAUAAAAAGAGAGAAUCUAUCUCAUCUGUAAAUGCUGAUUUUAAUCUCACUCUUUGCAGUGCUUCCCUGAAAAUUCAGACAUGAUAGCUGCCCUGGACUUCUACUUUCAGGUAAGCCUCUCAGUCUUGAGUCAUAUUCUGUGGAUUAAAAAGUUAUGAAGUUUUGAAAUAAUGGUUUGUAAAGUGUCAAAAGUAUAAGAAAGUUGAUCUCAUACCCACCUUUGUGAUUGAUGUAAACCCUAUUUACUUACUCAGCAUCCGCUCAUUGCUUAGUUACUUAACUGUCCCAGCAGGAUUAGUCCAGUACAUCCCUCCUAUAAAACCCAAACUCCUUGUUUUUACAACUUGCAAACACAAGACAGGUUAAUUUAUGAGCUGCAGCUCUGCUUGUAGGCAGGUUUUGUAACAUGGCCAGAAUAGCUUUUCCUCCCUCUUAACAGUCUUGCUGCCAAGCUAAAAUAACCAGCCAAAGGCUGAGCUGUGAUAUUUGAUAUCAACCUUAUUGGCUGACUACUGGAAAAAAAAAAGUAAACAAAGUUAAUUCCUGAACACUAACUCAGAAAAAUCUAUCUCUAUGACUCUGAAGUUAAUUUACCUUUUUUCUUAUUUAACCUUUUCAGUUAUGCUCCAUUGAAGUGACCUGUGAGUCAGGAAGUGUCAUGGCUGCCACACUAGCCAACGGGGGUAUUUGCCCAAUCUCAGGCGACCGUGUGCUGAGUGCUGAAGCUGUUCGAAACACCCUGAGUCUCAUGCACUCUUGUGGCAUGUACGACUUCUCCGGACAGUUUGCCUUCUACGUGAGUCACCAGAAACUCAAGGAUCUCUUUGGAGCAUUGUCGCACUUAUUUCCUCUCAUGCUGAAUUAUGAUCCCAAAUGUCACUUUUAACUGUAAUAUUCUCUUGUUCAGGUGGGCUUGCCUGCUAAAUCUGGGGUUUCCGGGGCUGUUUUGUUGGUGGUGCCUAAUGUCAUGGGUAUAAUGUGUUGGUCCCCACCUUUAGAUCGACUUGGCAACAGUGUCCGUGGCAUUCACUUCUGUCAGGUAUUCAAUCUCAAUCAUAAUCUCAUUGUCUCAUCCACUGAAGAUGCCGAAUAUUUACAGUAGUUUUUAAACAUUUUGAUUUUCCAGGAUCUGGUGUCUUACUUCAACUUCCACAAUUACGACAACCUGAGACACUUCACAAAGAAACAUGAUCCCAGGAGAAAAUCUGACAAUGAUCCUGUAAGUCCAAUAGGAUUCAGGAUUCAAGAUUUUAUGUAGCAUCAGUCCACAACUUCACUGCAAUUAUUUCUUUUUUAUUCAUAGAACAAAUCCGUAGUGAACCUGAUGUUUGCAGCCUACAACGGGGAUGUUGCUGCUCUGAGAAGGUAGCGUAAAAACACAACCACCGUUUCAUUUUUUAUUACAAAACUGAGAAUCUAGAAAAGUCGGAUGAUGAAAUCUAACAGAAACACUUAAAAAAUGAUAAGCUUUUUCACUUUGAUGCCUGCUGUAGACCAAAAGAUCGACAUCUCUUCAACAUCUGUGUGAUAAAUAUGCAACAGGAGCCUGGAGCGUGGUUUUGAAAUGUUUUUAAAAAAUCAUGCAAGACACCAACCCAUGAAACAAAACUGAUGUACUAACAUUAAUGAAUGGGCAUUAGAGCAGCCUCUCUACAGAUUUAGUCACUUUUUCAAAGAGCAAGGCUGAUCUGGUCGUCUCCUGGUGGUGCUUACACGCUGAGCCUGAGAGGAGUAUCCGUCUUUUAGCAAAUAUAAAGCACUGUUCAAAUGUCAAACUUGUCUUUUAUUCACAGAAUUUCAAUCCCCGUCAGUUUAUACUUAGCACUUUUGGAAGAGAGUACGUGCUCUGAAGUUUGUUGAUGAAAAUGGUUUUAAUGUUCCCUCUCAGUGAUUCCCCGGAGCUCUCGCAGUAACGCGGCAUUUUGAGAUGAUUAGCUGUGUUUUUUUUUCCUAAACCUGAACUAUACGUUGCUUGAUUUCAGAAGUAUUCAGACAUGAAAUGAACUGAGCAGCGGGUCAAAGUUGGACUAAAUGCUCUGUUAUUUCAAAUAAUCAUAAUAAUCAGCCAGCUGUCUCUGUUAUUAUCAUUAGGAAGGCUGUUAAAUGAGACUUUGGCUUAUUUAGACUCCAGGAUUGUACGGUAUUUCUUCGACCUCUGUCUCCUGGCUUUUUGCCUCUGCACAGAAUGAUAAUGUUGUUUUUGACAAAGUUAAAACUGUGAAAAAAGAAGGUUGCAUGGUGGGUCGUGCUUGCAGCGUGUUUAAGUACUUUAGGAUGGCACCUUGACCUGUUUAAUGACAAAAAGACGCACUUGCUGUACCGUGGGACCCUUUUAAGUUCUGUGCUCAAGUAAUUGCAGCACUACUUGUCUCACUUUCUGACAGUUUGCUGUCAACAGCUAACCUUUUCACGACUGUUUUCUCUUCUUUACUCGGCUCCUUUUUUUUUUUUUUUACCCCUCCAGGUUUGCCCUUUCAGCUGUGAACAUGGAGCAGACAGACUAUGACUCUCGUACAGCGCUCCACAUUGCUGCAGCAGAAGGUGACACCUCAUUAUAAGUUUUCUCAUGCUUGAAUAAUCUUGGCUUUGAUAUUCAAACAGGAAUAGAUGUAUUAAGGCCAUGUUUCUCUCUUUCAUCAUCCAGGUCAUCUGGAAGCUGUUGUUUUCCUCACUGAUAUCUGUAAAGUGAAUCCCCACAUGAAAGACAGGUACAAAAUCUGCUCAGUAACGGUGUGUAUUAUGCGGAAAAUGGUUGGAAAUGCUUCUCUUUCUGAGUGCAUUUUGUUGUCUUCUAGAUGGGGAAACUCACCUGUAGAAGAUGCCAUGCAGUUUGGCCAUGAAUUGGUUGUGUCACUCCUGCAAGAGUACCAGAGUAUGUAUGACGAAAGAGAGUCCCAUUCCAGCACAGAGGAGCAGAAACCUGCCCUGGACACAUUGAAAAGCGCUGUUUAAGGAAUCACAAGGGUUUGUUGAGGAAAUUCGAUUUCACCUGAGGAGACUGAAGGGCACCGAAAGGUUGAUGAACAUGAUUAAUGAACAGGACUUUGAUGAAUAUAUCGAAUGUUGCAUUGGAAGUUGAAAAGCAAUAGUGUGCAAAAUGACGUCCCUCUGCAGUCUGGAAGAAGAAUUUAGAGUUGUUUUAACACAACACCAUAUUUAUGGUGCUUGUAUGGGGGAAAUGACAUGAAAUUAAACCAGGAACUGGUUCCCGUUGAAAUAUUAAUGAGCUUUGCUCUGGAUGAAAAACGACUCAGAGAUGUAAAUAUCUAUUCAUUGUGCUUAUUUAUUGUUAAACAUUGAAUUAUUUUUGCUUCAUCAGUGUCAUUUAAUCAGAGAGUUUUAUGCCUCCUGUGUAAUGAUGGUAUAAAUAUUCCCACUGCUGCUUCAUUAUUAUUCUACCUCGACAGGAGGUGGUUCUUUCGCAUUUCUUGCUGUUUAUGCUGGAAUGACUUGUACUUUGCACCCGCUCACCUAUGCUUUUAGGCACUGCUUGUGUUCACCUUAUAUUUUUUAUUUGAAGAGGAUUUACUCUCGCGUUAAAAGACUUUUGAGGGCACUAGGGGAAAUACUCUGAGGUACAGUACAUCCAGUUUCUCCAAAAGACUGUUGCAAACAACUUCAUGUGUAUGUCCACUAUGAAAGUCAACCACUAUUUUUUGAGGAUUUAAGUCAUAGGUUAAAAUUUCUAAUCCAGAUUUAUACUGAGUUUAAUCACUGUUCAACUCAGUUUAUCCCUGGCGAUGAUCUGAUUCCUGAGCAUGACUUUUCCUUUGUAAAUAUGUACUAUCCUGCUGUAAAUAAAUGACAUUCUAGUAAUCAAA